UUUAAAAGAAGAAGAAGAAGAAGUCACAUCGUCAGCCAUGCUCCUGCAGCUCCAUCACUGUUUUCGCAGUGUGCUGACUGUCAGGACGGUCCAAAGCUUAAAUAAACGUUAUUAUUCCUCAGAAAUGGCUAAACGCGUGGCGGUGGUGCUGUCGGGCUGCGGAGUUUAUGACGGCAGUGAAAUCCACGAAGCCUCCGCUAUCCUGGUGCAUCUGAGCAGAGGAGGUGCCAGUGUGCAGAUGUUUGCUCCCAACAUAGAUCAGAUGCACGUGGUGAACCACCUGAAAGGUGAACCGUCUCAGGAGAAGAGAAACGUUCUGGUGGAGAGCGCCAGGCUCGCCCGUGGAAACAUCCAGGAUCUGUCUAAACUCUGUGCCAAAGACCACGAUGCUGUCAUAUUCCCAGGUGGUUUUGGGGCGGCAAAGAACCUUUGCACAUGGGCGGUGCAGGGGAAGGACUGUGUGGUUAAUGAGGAGGUGAAAGCCACCCUGCAGGCGUUCCACAGCGAAGGGAAACCCAUCGGCCUCUGCUGCAUCUCACCUGUCCUGGCUGCCAAAGUGUUCCCCGGGUGUGAGGUCACAGUGGGCAUUGAGAAGGACGACAAGUACCCAGAUACUGCUGACACGGCAGCGGCCAUCAACCAGCUGGGCUGCAAACACGUGAGCACGAGUGUCGCUCAGAGCCACGUGGACCAGAAGAACAAGCUGGUCACCACCUGCGCAUUCAUGUGCAACGCUCCGAUUCACGAGGUCUUUGAUGGGAUCGGCUCGAUGGUGCAAGGUGUACUGAAACUGGCCUGAAGUCACUGAGGGGGGCGGUGGGGUGUGCAGCAGGUCUUCUCAGCAGAAGUUCUACUGAUGAGCCCAGAGUGAGAAUAGAGUCGAUAUAAAAACACAUCCAGAUAUUCUUAAAAUACAUGUGUUGCUGUGGCAGUUUUAACAACUUUAUGGCAUAUCUAGUGUUUGACUCAUCACCUUUCAACAAUUUUUAGAAAAUGAGUGAGCAUAUGAUAAAAGAAGCAGUUUUCCUGUUCAGUUCAUUUCAAACCCGAGAAAUAACAAUAAAAAAGUGCAUAAAUAAA